AUGACGAAAACCGCUCACUCGCCCACAGAGCUCCUGUCCGCAAUCCUCACGACCACAGAGAAGGACAUCAUCCCCCUCACAGCGGCAGGGGUCAAGUCAGGAUGCAAGCUCUUCGGCGCCGCGAUCCUGACGCGCCCGGGGCUCGAGGCGCACACGGUGGCGACCAACAACGAGCGGGCGUCCCCGCUGCUGCACGGGGAAAUCAAUUGCAUCCAGGAGUUCUUCAAGGAGGGGGCCGACGGGUCCUCCGCCCUGCCGCCGACCCGGGACUGCGUCUUCUUCGCGACGCACGAGCCGUGCUCGCUGUGCCUCAGCGGCAUCACGUGGGCCGGGUUCAGGGAGUUCUACUACCUAUUCACAUAUGAGGACUCGCGGGAUUUGUUUUCCAUCCCGUACGACAUCGACAUCCUCCAGGAGGUGUUUCGCGUGCGCGCGCCGGGCGAUUCGGACGAGAGCCUCGCCGCGGCCGCUCUACAACAGGGCCAACAAGUUCUUUACGGGGAGGAGCCUGGCGGAGGUGGUGGAGGGGAUUGA